ACUUUCAUCGAGCGAUUGCUUUCUUCUGAUUGUGAAGGUGAAUAAAAAUUGGUGGGUGAAUGUUGUGUUUAUAAUAAAAAAAAGUAUUUCCAAAAAGACCCAAAUAACUUGGCAUUUAAUAAAAAUAAAAUCUGCAUAUUUGUACCUUCUGUGGCAUGAGGAAAUAAUGACGGAGCUAUAUUGUCUUUCCAAUUUUAUUGAUUUUUCACAAGCGGUCCACGAGCCGCUGAAGCACAGUAAUCGCAUAAAGUACACCUGCUUCGAUAUUUCUACGAAUUAUGUUGUUUUCGGAGCAUCUUCCGGUUCAUUGUAUCUCUUCAAUCGGUGUACUGGCAAAUUUUUGCACCUCAUACCCAACAAGCAUGGACCGGUGACACAUUUAGCAAUAUCGGCUAAUGAAAAGUAUGUCGCAUUCUCCACACAACGUUCCAUGAUAUGUGUGUACGCAGUAAAUCUUUCUGCACACACAACCCCUCAAGUUAUCUACACGAAUUUAAGUAGCGAUCAAUCUCUGCAAGUGACUUGCAUUCAUUGGACCCAGGAUGAGAAACAGUUUUACUAUGGUGACACUCGUGGUCAAGUUAACUUGGUUUUACUAUCAUCUUUUAUUGGUAAAAGUCUACUUAAUAUGGGCGUACAUCCUAUAUUGUUCCUGGAAUCACCAAUUGUGCAAAUUGAUGACUUUGAAUCACUACUACUUGUUUCGAACUGUACCAAAUGCAUUUUAUGCAAUACUGAGUACGAGGAAUAUAAACAGAUCGGUAAUCGUCCACGCGAUGGAGCUUUCGGCGCUUGCUUUGGAAUAUCUACAAAUGAAGCUGUCCAGCCUUCACGCAUUUACUGCGCACGUCCUGGCUCACGAAUUUGGGAGGUCGAUUUCGAAGGCGAAGUCUUGCAGACGCAUCAAUUCAAGUUUGCUUUAGCCAUACCACCAGUAAAAAUACAUAAAUUCCAUGGCAUGGAAGAAGACACGAUUGCUAAGUAUGAAGAAAAUGAUGAAAUGCUCGACUACCAACCCCAAAAUUUGCAAUUCUCUAAAGUUCAAAUGCUAAACAAGGACUUUAUGCUAGCAUUCACAGAAUUUGGCUUGUAUGUAUUUGACAUGCGCACAUCCUCGGUAGUUUUGUGGUGCAAUCAGUUUGAGCGAAUUGUCGAUUGCCGCGUAGUUGGAAAGGAAAUUGUGGUUUUUACACAAACUGGAUCAUUGUAUAGUGUGCAGUUAAAUCCGCUGAAAAUUCAUGCAUGUGCGCUGGUGCGUCAGGAAAAGCUUUUAGAGUGCGCUUGUUUGAUGCGCAAAAAUGUCAAAUAUUUUGCUGAUAAAGCACGCGAGGAUUACGACUUGAAUAUACUCAAUCAAAUCAAGAAAUUCUUAAUUAAUCGUCAGGAAUUCGAAUUACUAAAUGAUCUCUCAGUAAUUUUUGAUGCCAUUAUGCAAUGUGAAGCCAUUGGUGACAACAACAGCUCCGGCAGUAGCUCAGGUGCGACGGAGCGCAGUGCAAGUGUUGGUGCUAUUGGCUUCCAGUACGUGCCAAAUAAUAAUCAUCCACCACCGGCCAAAGAAGUUUACGUUCUAGAGAAUGCCUUUUGCGAAAAUAUCAAGCCCACAAAGGGAAGCGAAAGACAUUUCAAGGAUGCGCUUCUAACCGUUACCGGUAAAUUUGGUAAAAAUAUUAUUAAAUAUAAGUUCAAUAUUUUCGCUGAUGAGCAGAAGAAACUAGUGCGGGAGCUCAUACCAUCUAACGAACGUUCCAUACCAUUUAACGAUAUUAAAGCGAUGUAUGAAAAAGAUGAAGAGAUUGUUUGCCGUACGAAGAAAACUCAGCAAUUCAUAGAUGCUAAAAAAAAUGCUCCCGGUAACGGACAGCACAUAAGUGCUGAGGAGAAGACUAUUUAUAAUUUAUAUUUAAUUUGCAAAAGUGCUAAAAUAAGCAAUAUUAAUUUUGUAGAACGAUAUCGCUCACUAUUCGACGAAUACUCGGCGAGUGAGUUGAUUGAUCUGCUAGGUAAGUUGGAAAAGGUAAUGCAAGAGCAUGGCGACAGUGUGGAACAAUCACGCAAAAACUGUUACGAGAUGUACUUUAAUUACCUGAACACAGAGCUUAUUUGGGAAAUGGACGAUUAUACGCGCGACUUUAUAGCAGAGGGUUUUGUGCUUCUAAACACCUCAACGGAUAUUGUGCGUUGUGAUAAUUGUGCCUUCCCUUUGCGUUUCGACAAUACUUGCGUCUUUCACGAAUUGGGUGCUGUAUUGCUGCGAUAUUAUUGGUCGCGUAAUGAGCAGGUGAAAUGUUUUGAUGUGCUAAUGCAGGUACCAGCACUACUUGAUGUAUUGGCGAAAUUCUAUAUGGCUGAGAAUAAUAUUGAAAAAGUUGUGCCGAUUAUUUUAAGCUAUCGACAACCAGAAUUAUUAAUGGAGGUUGGAAAAUGUCUGAGUUUAGCGGCAUGGACGCGUUGUUUUGAACAAUUUGUAGACUUGCAACAAGGACGUUUAUGCUGUGUAAAUUGUGAAUGUGUGACAACGGUGGACAAUGUCAACCAGCACUUCUUCUACACAUGGAACUGUUUUCUAAGCAUUGCAUUGGAAUAUCUACAGGCGCAUGAAAUUCUUGCAAUGAUUUUCAAGUGGUCCAAUUUUAUAGCGAACGAUGCUAUCGAUCGCGAAUUCUACACCCGUUGCAUGCUGAAAGGCUAAGAUCGUGAAUAUAUAAAAGAUAAAUGCGGGAAUAAUUCUUGGUAAAUAGUAGUAACUUUAACUAUUUGGAUAAUAAUUAGCACCAAGUGUGGGUGGUAACUGACGAUAUUAAAAUUCGAAUAUACCAACUUGACUUGAGUAGUAGCAUCAAAAAAUCAAACCUAACUCAAACUCAAAAAUGCAUAAAAUUUUGUCUGCCAUAUUUGUUUAAUAAAAAUGACUUACAAAAAAGUGGUAAAAUAGAAUUUCAAAACAAAGUUAUAUAAAUGCAGUAAAAUAUUUAUAUAUACAACUAUAUAAAAGUAUACACAUGUUUGAAAAAGUAAAUUAUAACGAAUUUAAAUGUUAUGAGACGUCAUAUGGUCUUUGCGAUAGAUUAAACAAAAAGUGGCUAAAGGCUUUUGCCGACUAUAUGCAAUGUUGCAGCAUUCAUUGUUGGAGCUCCUGUGUUGCAGAGUUACAUAAAGUAUUAUAUUAAUCUAAAAACGUAUACAUACAUAUGUACAUACACUAUAUCAACUAUAAUAUGUGUGUUCAAGUAUGUAGUAUACAUAUAUAUUUCGCAUAUACGACAUUGUAUUUACUGUAUAAAUCAUUCCUUUAAUAAUAAAGAGACACGUAUUUGUAUUCGUACGAAAACACCAUAAAACUUAUACAUCAAUGGUGCUCUGAAAUAACGACAAAAUUGAAAACUCAAAAAAAAAACAAACUCUUACUACUGAAUAGUGGCACAUGUCUCUAAUCCUUGGAUAAUCCAUGUAUAGUGCUUACUAAACAUUUAUUAAGCAUUCAUAAAGGUUGGCUAAGGACAAGUCAUGUAUUAUACAAGGAUUAGAGACAUGUGCCACGUUCAGUAAUAGUAUGGUUUUUUUUGAGUUUGUUCGUUAUUGCAGAGAACUAUCGAUAUGUGAAAAUUUCCGAGAAAAAAAACUAUGAGUUUGUUAGCAUUAUUAUUAGAACUGCGACCCAUUCGGAUCAGCUACUGUGGUCGAUUAAAAUAUUUAUAUAUACACAUACAUAUGUACCAUAUACUCCAUAUGUCAAUCUAUAAAUCUCAUCACAUUAGGUACAUCACUGUAAAAUUUACAGCAACAAUUUAUAUUUUGGUAAAGCCCCUA